UUUCUUUGAACAUGCGAGGACGAUCGCUUUAGAAACAAAUGGAACUCGGUUGGCACAGUGUAGCUCACAAGGACAUAACAGUCCAGUACUUUUACUGCUGUAGUGUAAAGAAAUGAGUAGAAAUUUACGAAGCCUGAGGGCUGAGUUCCAAUCCAGCAGCAUAGAAGCCACUGAUAUAUUUGAAAACGUGAAUGAGAAGCGGAAAUCAACCGGCCAAGUGGGAUGCACGAGUGGGAUUGCACCAAUUUCUGCCAACGAUAGGGAAGGAAGCGCACUCGGGUUCUGUCCGCAAAGUAUCAGCAUCGAUAGCAGAAUCUGCUGACUGUUGCUUGGCGGUAGGGAUGGACGAAUACGAGGCUGAAGAGAGAAAGCAAGCAGCAGCUAAGGCGCUGUUAAACUACUCCCAAUUUGUGAUGAGUUGCAUCGGCGAAGAUGCGAGGCCCGGACAGAUGCGCUUGCACCUCAUGAAGGAAGUUUCAGGCAUGCCAACGCAUUUGAAUUCUGGCAAAGGAGCGAAUGCGGACAAAGGGCAGACUUCCAGCCAACCUCUAGGUAUUAAGGAAAGUCUACCGAAAAGCUUUGUCCGUCAGGAUCUCAGCAAGGGGUAGAAGUGCCGAGACGUGUCUACUAUAAAAUGAUUAGAAGCUGCACCUGAAACGACAGAACGACAAUUACACAUCACGUGCCACCAUUGAGGACUUGUAUUUUGUGCACUUGAAAUUUUCUGGUUAUACAUAGAACAGGACUUUAGUGUUUUUUUCAAUGUGCAAGUGUCUCAUAUGCUGGCCUGCCUUUUUGGUCAAAGGGGAAUAACUUAUCAGGGGAUUAGCUUCUGUAGGCUCUUAAACAACACGUGUAAAAUUUAUAGUUUUAAGUUUUUUAGAGUUUAUUGUAUUCCAAAAGAAAAAGAAUUGACUAUUCUAACUAAUUGACGCCGAUGGACAGCUCCACUUGAGUCCCAUCCAUCACCGCUCCGGCGUAUCCAAUUUCAACAUUUGGAUUUCCCACACAACAAGAUCUUGCAGACACUUCUCAACCCGCAGACACAAACGGUCGUUCGUAUCCUCCCUCAAUUGUUGAAACUACAACUCUGGUCCUUCUUCAAUUGAUCUCGCAGCCAAUUGCAAUCUGCAUCCAAUUUUAAUUUACAUACGUACUCCGAAGAUUUGAUCGUUUUACAUUCUUUCAAUUUUGUCGCCCAACUAGCCAUGUUUCUUCAUCUACUCCGCCAAACUCGCCAUAAGUUCAUUCGCGUUGCAUCUCCUCCUUAUGCGCUCCAGGGUGUGCCAUGAUCUUUCCCCAAAGUUCCAUUUCUCUGCCUUAAUCGACGCAAUCAUGGAGUGAUAAGUCUUUUGAUUAAACCUGGACAAGGUUUAAUCAAAAGACUUAUCACUCCAUGUCCUUUGCUCGAAAUUGCUCCUCACGCACCUCUAGACUUGUAGUCGCUUCUGCACCCUCUCUCGUCAUUUCUUUGGCUGUCUUCAUUGUAGCUGCUCUCUUAAUGUGAGUACUAUUCAUGAGCAUAUCUAUAUAGAAUACUGCUUCCUUCGACAUUGCGUACUCUCGCUUCCCAUCCAAGUGCUUCAAUAAGUGAAUUACACUAUCCUGCAAAUCCAAGUGCUUCAAUAAGGGAAUUACACUGUCAUGCAAGAAGUUUGGAAAUGUGACUGCCAACUCCUUCGGCUAUUCCUCUGAACAUCUCUUAUCAGCCUCGGGUUUCGCCAACCUCGAAGACAACUAAUGCGAGGGAAUCUCAGGGGAUUCCACCACCGUUCCACCAAUCUAUUCUACCACAUGAUCCAAUAUCUCCUCACUCAGAGUAAGUUCCUUCGCUUGCUACUCGCUAAUCUCAAGCUGUGAAAUGUUUGCUUUCUCUGAAGACUCACUCUUCUCCAAGGAUGUUUUUUUCUUCUUGGAAGAUCGAAGACCUUGACUUGACGUCGUCGUACUCUUCUCCGAAGGUCCUACUUCCACCUCCAAAGGUUUCUCACUCUGGACUCCCAAAGGUUCUAGCUCCGUAGUCAGAAGGUCCACUUCCUCCAUUGUAUCCUCAUCAGUUGCAUAUGCAGCCCCUUCGAUCAUGGCUACACUACACUUCGAGCUCUUUGACUUUAUCACCCGACAAUGUGACUUCUUCUUUGGUCUAGCACGCGUCUUCGGCGUUCUCAAACACGUUACAUCCGAUCCUGUCAUUCGUGCUUUGGGUCUUCGGGCGGCUUCACUGGCUCCGGCUAUCUUUUGUCUCUUCGCUAGUUGCAGUUCAGACCAAAGUGACCACCUCCACUCGAACCAAUCCUCGUGGUGCUCCUCGGGUAGUCUCUUCGACUUGAGUGUCAUCUUCUUCAGAGUCUUCGUCAAACUCCAGUUCCAAGACUUCUCUUUCCUUGGUAAAAUGCUCCUAUUAGUUCUUCGUCAACAACUCCAUCCCGCAAUAGAAAUUCACUAAGAAAUGAGUCAUAUGAUUUACGGAGUCUCCGCGCCACCUAUUGACAACAUUGAUUCAAACCAAGUUCCGGAAGAUCUUCGCUCAAUGAAUUGCUUUCCAUCGCACUGCGUUCUAUAAAUCCCACUUGCCACGCCGUGACAUAGAUUGUCCGCUUGGACCGCAAGAUGUGCAUCAUUGCUGUUGUCAUAUGUGGUAGUGUAGCCUCGUCACUAAGGGCUACUUAGAAAAGGGGGAACGCAAGCUCUGUCCACCCGGGCCCGCAUCCUGACUUUCUCCCUCGCAACCAAAACAACCAUGGAGGCACUCUCACUUUAGCUCGCCCCACUCCCGCUCGACCAUCCAGCUCUUUCUCUCGCGGCCUGCCUUCCCUGCAGGGAACUUGUACUUCAUAUUUUUUUCCUUCCCCAUGCCCCAUUUCUCCUCCCCUCGCAAAGUGGAGGAGAAAUAAAGUAGCAUGUUUGGAGCUUCACUCUUCUUUCCCCAAAAAACAACUAGAUCCUUUUCUUUCUAAAGCUUUAGUUUCUAAGGAAAUUAUUUCUCUUCAAUUUUUAAAUUUAAGUAAAUCUAUUCAUCUAUUAAGAUAAUGAAGAAUCACAAGAGC